GGACAGGAGACAGGGGACAGGAGACAGGAGACAGCGGCGGCGGCUCUGUGCGUCCCGACCAAAGUUUUCAUUAAAGAGAAUCUGUUUAUUGUGCGCCGUCUUUGUUGUUCUCCCCUCCCCCACCGCUCCACCGCAACACAAAGACCCACACAGGCCGUGUGUGUGUGUGUUUGUGUGAGUAGUUGUGUGUGUGUGUGUGUGUGUGUGUGUGUAAUGUGUGUGUGUGUUUCUGUGUGAUGCAAGUGAACGUUGGAGAUUGCAGCUGUUUCUCCCCUUUCUCUCUCCCUUUCUCUCCCCCCCUCCUCUUCCUUUCUCUCUAUGUCCUCUCUCUCUCUCUCUUUUCCUUUCUCUCUCUGUCGUCUCCCCCUCCCCCUCUCUCUCCCCCCCCUCCUCCCUCUCUCCCUUUCUCCCUUUCAAAGAAUUAAAUUUGAAUGAAAAUCCCCACUCACUGUUUUGUUGUCUGCGGGGGGGGGAGGGGACGCGAUUGGUCGGGCUCUCGCCGGCACCGGCCAAUGAGAGCACUGCUCCCACAUGUGGGCUCCUCCCCGCUUGCCCUGCCGAGGCCUCCCGAGCCGGCGUGUGAUUGGUGGGCUCGGCCGAGGGGGCGUGGCCGAAAGGGGCCCGGGUGGGUGGAGCCGGGAAAGUCUAUUAAAGCCCGCCUCGCUCGCUCCGCUGUGGAACAGAGUCUCUCGCCCGAAACCCGUGCAGCGUGCAAUCCGUGUGUCUGAACGAGUGUGUGUGUUUGUGUGUGUGUGUGCGUGUGUUUCUGCCUGCACAGCCAGACACCGGGACACACAGACACAGAAAGAGAGAGAGGGAGAGAGAGAGAGACAGAGAGAGACAGAGAGAGAGAGAGAGAGUGAGGGAGAGACCGAGUUACAGAGAGAGAGGUCCUUGUUGGUUGUCUACUUUCUGGGACUCCUCUAUCCGGACCUGGACCCUACGCCGGUGUGUCUGCGCCUCCUCUCCGCCAGGACCACAGCACCUCCUCCUCCUCCUCCUCCUCCUGCUCUCCGCUCCGCUGCGAGGAGCGCGUUGUCGGAGGGAUUAUAACCGAGGCACGGGGGAGGAGGAGGGGGAGGAGGAGGUGGGGUUCAGGGGAGGAAGGACUCUGUCACCCCAACACCCGCCCGCUACAUCCAGGGGCCCCUCCCGCCGGGACGAGGCAGGGUCUUGGGGGGCCCCUCUCCCCUCCGAGGGGGAACCUGACCCCGGGCGACCCCACCCCCCCCCCCCCCUCCGGUCUACCGGAGAGAGAGAGAGAGAGUCGGGCGAGCGAGAAGAAAAGAGGGAGCAGAGAAGUUAAAAGGACAACAACAACAAAGAGGACCUGACCGCCCCUGCACAAUGCCGGUGGAGACCCUGUUCCCGUCGUCGGGGGGCAUGUCCUCCAUGCCCUUCCGCCUCCUCAACAAAGGCCCCGCCUACUUCCGGCGCCCGCUGGCGGAGCCCGGCUCGCGGCGCCUGAGCGCCGUGGAGCGGCUGGAGGCGGACAAGGCCAAGUACGUCAAGAGCCAGCAGGUGGUGCUGACGCGGCAGGCGCCCGCCAAGCCCCCCCACUGCGGCUCCGCCCCCAACAACACCACCACCGCCGGCGACUCCCCCAAGACCCCCAUCAUCCGCAAGCCCCUGCUCACGCCCGCCAUGCGCGGCCAGAUAGCCACGCCCCCGGCCCGCAAGCUCCCACGCCGACCAAUCACGGCGGAGACGGGAGUGGGAGGAGGAGGAGGAGGAGGAGGAGGGAAUGUGGGCGGGACGGGCGGGAGGAGAGGCCCCGCCCUCAACCUGGAGAUCCUCAACAACCUCAUCAACAACGUCGGCGACGUCGGCCACGCCCCCGUCACCGCCGUCCCCACCUGCCGCUCCUCCCUCCCCUCCUGCUCCUCGUCCUCCUCCACCUCCUCCUCCUCCUCGCCCUCCCCGUCGGGCUCCUCCCCCUCCCCGUCGGGCUCCUCCCCCUCCCCGUCUGGCUCCUCCCCCUCGUCGGGCACCAAGAGCAUCGGCAGCAGCCUGUCAGCGGAGCCCCACCUCCUGCUGCUCAACAACCUCAAGGCCAUCAACACCACCUCCUCCUCCACCUCCUCCUCCAAGCCCCUCAACACCACCUCCUCCUCCACCUCCUCCUCCAAGCCCCUCAACACCUCCUCCUCCACCUCCUCCUCCAAGCCCCUCAACACCUCCUCCUCCACCUCCUCCUCCAAGCCCCUCAACACCACCUCCUCCUCCACCUCCUCCUCCAAGCCCCUCAACACCUCCUCCUCCCUCUCCUCCUCCUCCACCUCCUCCCCGCUCAACAACAGGAACAACGACAGCCAGCAGCCCCCCCCCGUCCCGGUGCGGGCCCCCCGCGUGGCCACCCCGCCCUACCCCCACCCCCACCCCCACCCCAUGGCGGUGCGGCGCGUCGACGUGCGUCCCCCCGCCGCCCUCCGGACCUUCCCCCCCCGCCCCGCCCUCCCCCUCAAGCCCCUCCUCCCCCUGCGGCAGACCGCCCAGCCCCAGGCCCCGCCCACCCUGCCGCCGCCGCCGCCGCCGCCACCACACCGGACGUCCUCCGCCUCCUCCUCCACCUCGCCCUCGUCCCGCCUGGGGGCCCCGCCCCCGCCCUACCCGCCGCCGUCGCCCGCCUUCACGCGGCUCUCCAACGCCAGCUCGGGCCGCGGGCCGUCGCGGCCGGCGCUGCACCGCUCCAAGUCGGACCUGAGCGACCGCUACUCGCGCGCCACGGCCGACCUGGAGCGCUUCUUCAACUACUGCGGGCUGGACCGCGGCGAGGUGGAGGCGCUGGGCGGCGUGGAGCGCUUCGGCCGCGCCAACUCCGACAUCGUGUCCGUGUCCAAGCUGCGCAGCGUCAGCACGCCCAGCUCCGAGUGCGAGGGCGAGGGCGGGGGCGAGGGGGGUGGCGGCGGCGGCGGCGGCGGGGAGGGGCCGGGCGUGGAGCGGGCGCCGUACGGGAUCUCGGUGAUCGAGAGGAACGCCCGCGUCAUCAAGUGGCUCUACGGCAUCCGCCAGGCCCGGGACGCGGCGCACGCCGUCUCCAACGUGUAGACCGGGGGGGGAGACGGGGGGGGGGGGGAUGGAGAAGGGUGAGGACCAAAGACAUGGACUUGGAUCCAUGAGAGACUGGCUGGACCGGAACAGAGACCGAACCGGAUCAGAGACCGGAACAGAGACUGGAGACCGGAUCAGAGACCGGACCGGAUCAGAGACCGGAACAGAGACUGGAGACCGGAUCAGAGACCGGACCGGAUCAGAGACCGGAACAGAGACUGGAGACCGGAUCAGAUACCGGGAACAGAGACCGGACCGGACUAGAGACCGGACCGGAUCAUACACCUGACUGGACCGGAUCAGCGACCGGAGACCAGAGACUGGACCGGAUUAGCAACUGGACCGGACCGGAACAGAGAACCGGACCGGACCGGAAUCCGGACCCGUCUGCUCCGUUCAAACCAAUCAUAUUUAUUGACGAAGCUGGAGAGACUCUUGAGGGCCCCGGUCCUUGGGAUAUAAUAUAUACACACGGUUUAAAUGUAUAUAUAUAUCCACACAUCUAUAUUUUUGUCUUUGUAUGCGUGGGUCGGCAGAGCGGCGGUGCGUGACAUCACGGCCAACGAGGCAGGCCAUUGGCCGAGGAUGGACACUCUUUGUUUACCUCCGGACGGCUACUCUGUGAGGACAAAAAGGACACUUUUUUUUACAUUUUACUAGACGUAUACGAGUAUUGAAGUACAAAAGCAAUAAUAGACGGAUGACGAUGAUGUUGAGGGUGCUGAUGAUGAUGAAGUAGUAGUACUUUUUGUAGUCCCUGAUGUCAUGGUACUGUGUGUGUGUGUGUGUGUGUGUGUGUGUGUGUGUGUGUGUGUGUUUGUGUGCAUGGAAGUACAUGUGUGUGUGCGUGUAUGUGUGUUUGUGUGCAUGGAAGUAAAAGAGAAAUUCACAUCUAAGCUAUAAACGAUGCAUGAAGACAACACAACUCGCCAUUUUUACAUAGAGAGACAAUAUACUGUGAAAACACGCACACAAACACACACACUCGCAGACACACACACACACACACACACACACACACACACACACACACACACAGCCGUUGCGUGGGUCAUACGUCUGUAAGACUGUUGUGUGAACUUCUGUCGGCAUGCAAACCAAGAGUUUGUUGGUUUACGCACACAUUCACAUUUUCAUCUCAGCAAAGAGCACAGUAGCAAUGAAUCACUGCCUAUCACACAACACACACGCACACACACACACACACACACACACACACACACACACACACACACACACACACACACCACACACAGUUUGGUGUGAUUCCAGGGCAGUGGGUUGGAUGAGCUGGAUGAGAAUGGGCGAUCACAUGACCAGGUCCAUGAGGUGUGUGCGUCGGCGUGUGUGUGACUAAGAACGAGGAGGAGGAGGAGCUUUCAGAACACUUCUCAGGAACACGUUUGAAGACUGACUCCUAUUUAUUUUGAAGAAGCAAUAAAGUUUGUUGUUUUUCUCUUAAAACGGUAUGGUUGUGUGUGCAGAAGUGGAUCUCGUUGUUUUCCGUCUCCUGUGGACAAACCGCCCCCAAGUGUAAACGGCACUGAUGGAAAAAAACUGGAAUUGCGAACACAAUAAAGGCACCAGUCACAGCU